AUGUUUAUUUGCGAUCGUGAUAAUAAGCGAGUUCAGCGAUGGUUUAAAGGUGCCAAUCAAGGCGAGACAAUUAUUUCGAAUAUCUCUUGCUGGGGGCUGGCGAUGGACAAUAAAGAAUCGUUGUAUAUAUCUGACCUUGAUAAGCAUCAAAUAAUGAAACUGCCUAGUAAUCAGAUAGUUGCUGGUGGAUACGGACAAGGACAUGCAUUGAAUCAGCUCUGGGAACCUAUCGAUAUAUUUAUUGAUCAGAAUCAGUCAGUUUUUGUCGCCGAUUUUUCGAAUGAUCGUGUAUUGAAGUGGCCAGUCGGCGCGAAAGAAGGCAUUGUUGUAGCUGGUGGAAACGGACAGGGUGAGGGCAUCAAUCAAUUGGAUGGAAUAAAAUAUUCAAGAAUGAUGUUAUUUCCUAGAAUAGUAAAUCAUCAUUUUAACGGAUAA